GAAUGUAAAACUCAAUAUAUAAAGAAUUAUAGAAUAUAUAUAUAUAUAUAAUAACCGUAUAUAUCAUCAUUGAUCGAUUAUCAUUCAUUCAAUCAUGAGCACAAUAACCGGUAGUUAUGUUUAUAAUGAUAAUUAUGUGGAAACACCAAGAAGAUAUUUUACACUUGGUAUUCUAUGCUGCUGUAUUGCUGGUUUUAUUUUUUUUAUCGGUAUCAUUUUAAUGGUUUUUGGAUCAUCACCAUCGAUACCAGAAGCCAUAUGGAUAACGGGUAUUGUAUUCCUAUUGAUUGGUGGUCUAUUGUUCGUAUUGGGCGUUUCAUCUAUUGGCCUGUAUUUUUCACGUGAAGAUAAACGUAAAAGUGAAAUUGAAUUUAUUAAUUCAGAAUUUACAACGGCCGCUGCAGCUGCUGUAGCAGCUAAUUCUGCAAUUGGAUCAUCAUCAUCAUCACAUCGUAGCAUUCAUUCCAACAAUGUUUACCUCAUUGAAUGAUCAUCGUUUUGUUGCUAUCAAGCCACCAAUUGAUUAUUUUUGAUACCGAAUUUAUUUGUAAAUAAUUUUUUUCUUUCUCUCUUUUGUUCUC